AUUUGCGAGGUGAUGCACAGCCAGCGACCGCCUCUCCCCAUGCACCAUUCACCGAGGUCGCUAAAUGUGUUGACUGAGCUGGGGGCGAGUAGAAGAACUUUAGACAUGACAACUGAAGCGUAGAUGUUGGCGAAAGCCAUAAAAGUAAUGGCUGUUAAGCCCAAGGUCGGUCCUGCGCGAGCGAAAUUUGCUGGCAUACUUAGUGUGCCUACCCCGAACAUACAGCAAAAGAGGCUGAAGGAGCAUUUGGCAUCUUCGAGUGUGAAAAUUGGUUGCUUGGUCAUGAAUCUCGAAAAGUUCGUCAGGGUGCUUGUGAAUCAGCUAAAUUUUGAAGUGAGCUAUGGUUGCGCUGGAAUAAUUGCCAUAACCAAACUAGGAGCGUAGCACGGCCGACUAGCCCUACAUUGAGAGGCAUGAAUGCUCGAAUCAGGCUUGGAUCCGGUGCAGAACUAGUAUACGGAUGUCCAAGAGGUGUAAAGACCUGCCAGCAUAUCAAUACUUUAUGUUGG